CUGGUCAGUGGUUGUCCCGAGCAAGUCUCCUGUGCCAGUAACUCAAGUUUUACAAAAUCAUCUCAGUUUCACUGACCUGUUGAUCAACACUAACCUUCCCUGUUAUGGUAAUAAUUCAAGUUUAAUGUGUUGCUGGUAUUUGUGUCUCUUUAGUUUCUGACACAUUAGGCACAAUUCUUUCAGGAUUAUCUAGAAUCUUUGUUGUAUCCACAUUCACUGUGAUAUUUUAUUUUAUUUACAAUAAAAUGAACUCCAAAAUAACAAUCCAAUAUAUGUAUUACCAUGUAUUUCUAUUGAGCAAAUUAUAUCUUGAAAUGAUGUACCUGAUGUACUCACUGUAUGCUGGGAAUAUAUGACCAAAUAACAAAACGGGAGCAAUUGUGCUGUAAAUUCUUUACAAACUAACAGGAAUUAACAUCUUCAAUGAAAGCUGUCAGUCUAAAAUUUCCCCUCAGAGCCGUUGCAUAAUUUCAAACACAAAAUCCUGGAACACAGAGCCAAAACCACAAACCAACCCGGGGGGGGGGGGGGUAUCAUUCCCAAGUGUCACUGCAGAGCUUCUGCACAAUGUGUAUAAAAGACUGCUCAUGUGCAGCUCCUGUGUCUCAUCAUAAUCCCUGGUCCAAGCGGCAGAUAGAAAAACCAAUUGGUGAUUCAGUCCACUUGGUAGAAGCUUUCUCUCUCCACACAACUGGUGUAGGCUGAGUUGAUUGGUCAGCAAGACGAUGGCCGUCUCAUUAAAGGGGGCUUUGCUCCUGUUAUUAACUCGUCUCGGAGCUCCGGUCUUCGGGGAGGUGGGUGACUUCGGCCCCUGCCUCAGGUUUUUCUACAAGGAGACUCCCCCGAAAGGCGUGGGGGGAGCGUGGUACCAGCCCAUCUGCCAGCGCCACAUGAACCAGUACCACUUUGCCAGCCUGUACCAGUGCCAUCGCCGGGUCCCCUUCUAUUCUGCCUACAUCCUCACUGGAGGAGGGAAACGGCCCAAGAGCAAGUGGAUGUAUGAACCCCAGCUUGCGUUCCAUGGAGCCAGUCCUGAGAUGCAUCGGUUUCCACAGCAAGGUACUGUAGACCAGAAUGUGGUGGAGAGCCAGGCGGUACUCCAGGACUACGCCAACUCCUCCUACACCAAGGGCCACCUCAACCCCAGCCUGCACCACCAGACCCCGGAGGACCGGAAAGCCACCUUCACCCUGACCAACGUAGUCCCUCAGCGGGCGGCCUCAAACUCUGGCCCCUGGUCUCAGCUGGAGAUCGAGGUCAGGGCCCGGAUGGCCGACUACUGCGAGGGGCCGGUGUACAUGGUGACAGGGGCCCUGCCGUACCUCUCAGAGCGCUGGAUGGCCAACCGGGUGGCGGUCCCGGAGUACAUGUGGUCUGCCUACUGUUGCCCCACCUACAAAUCCAGUCUCCCCGACACUCUGAGGCCGUACUUUCCGACAUAUGCUGCCGUGGGCCGGAACGACGCCCAGAGUGGAGGGGAGAUUGUGCCGGUGGACCCCAAGGCAAAGCCCUCCGUCCGGGGUUACAAUGUGAGGCGGAUGCCACUGAACACUUUGGAGACUGUUCUGCAGCAGAGGCUGGGCUUCCACGUCAGCCUCUUUCACGACCAAUGUCUGUGAGCAGGUGAUUAGUUGAGUGGUAUGAUUGUUACUGGCCAUCUCUGUGGAGAAGACAAUGUUACUGCUGAAUGUAAUGUUUAUAUAUAUUUUUUUAACCUUUGUCACAAUUUGCACAUCAGUCACAGCUACCAAGCUGCUUUAAUAAGGACUUUAAUAAUUACUCAAGCAGUUAACUGCAGAUAAUAAUUUUUAAAAAUGUGUAUGUUAAAUAUAUAUU